AUGAGCAGUGCGCUGACAAUGUUUGUCAAGAAGUUUGGCAAAUUCAUGAGGAAGAAUCAAUCCAUCUCAUCUUUCAAUAACAACAACAACUCUAAUAAUUAUAAGGAUAACAUUCGUUGUUUUAACUGUGACACUUUAGGUCACUACAAAUCGGAAUGUCGGAAGUCAAGGAGAGACGACAAGAAACAAGCUGAUCAUAAACAUAAGGAGGAUCAUAAAUCAUCCAAGCAUAAGAAGGAUCAGAAAGCUAUGUUGGCACAGGAGAACAGAAGCAAGUGGGCCCAAAGUGAUUCGGACUCCAACUCCUCGAGUGAUAGUGAUGAUGAAGACAUCAAGUAA